CCCAGCGCGGUCAAACCACCUCUUGCUCUCAGCUUGGCCAAAGAUUUUUUCCCCUUCCACCUUUCUCUCCUUCACUCACCAUUCUGCGUUUUGGUCAUCCAAAACCUCACGCGCCGUGAAGUUGUUGAACAGUAGAUAAUGUCGUCUUCUUCUUCGCUUCCAGCGCCCGCGGUGCGCAUAUCGCUCAUCGCCGGUCGCUACCUCGUCUUCGACCCUGAAGGGGUGGCAGCUCUGAGGCGAGAUAGUAAUACAUGCGGUACCCUUGUAGGCACAAUGCCCCAGCAGCCAACACAAAAUAUAUUUCUUGGCCUUCCCAUUGAACUUCGUCCGGAAGAGGCGCAGGCACUCGUGCAACGGGGACGAGCGCAUGUCGUAGACGAUGCGGCAGCACAUCAAGUUGCAAUGCAUAACCAUUCGAGGAAAGCCUACAUUGAAACGCUGAGGAAAACAAAGCAGACGGCACAUAAGGUUGUGACUGAAAGAAACGCCCAACGAAGCGCUGAACAUGCCGAUAAGAUCGCCCAAGGUCAAAGGAAGGCCAAGAAUGUCGAGUCUGUGCCAUUGGACAAUGUUUCCCUGGAUGGAGCCUCCCCAAAGACGCCCUCCGAUGCUCAGCUGUUCGCUGUGACACCAACCACGACGAAGGAGCUUCUGAACGCCAAAACGGAUGUCGUCUGCGGCAGCCCGAACGUGCCUGAGGCUCCUCUGGCCCGGCAUUUGCAAUACAACGGAUACUAUAUGACACCGGGGUUGCGCUUCGGUGCGAGAUAUAGCGUCUACCCUGGAGAUCCGUUGCGCUUCCAUGCCCAUUACAUGGCCAAUCAAUAUGCUUGGGAAGAAGAGAUCCCGAUACUCGACGUGGUUGAAGGCGGUAGACUUGCGACAGCCGUCAAGAAGGCCUUCCUCAUCGGCGGAGAAGAGGCCUGUCAACCUGGCCCGUCAAGCGAUGAAGGAAAUGUUAGAACAUAUAGCAUAGAAUGGGCAGGCAUGUAAAUGCUGCUAGCUUGGUGGAAUGAACCAAGGAAGCGCUUCAAUCAAAUGAUUGCACACUCAAUUGUCAGAAAUACGAUAGUAACUUGACCUAAACAUGUAAUGUACGCCGUGACUCCUGAAGCUGAUGCUACACGAUUUACACACGCGAAGGCAUCUCCCAAAGUUGAACAAGCAAAGGGCAGGGGCUUGCCGUGCCCAAAGCCAUCUCAAGGUACGAAUAUUCUGCUAAAGCUCAUCACCUCCCGCCUGCAGCAAACACACUUGUCGAAGUUAUUCAUCGCAAGCGCGAUGCGGCACUCGUCACAUAAGCUGAGGCACCGACAAGGCCAGACAAUGACAGAUCGAGGAGAGCACUGGCACACAACACAUUGAG